GACAGACAGCCACUUCCCACCCAGACAGUGCCCCCCACACAGACACACACACGCAGACCGCGCCGCACAGGAGGCCUCGCUCUGUCCCAUGGACCUGGGGCCCCACAGACAGUGCCCCACAGACAGCCCCCCUGCACAGACAGACAGCCCCCCCCACACACACACUCAGACAGCAUGCCCCCACACAGCACCACACAGGAGGCCUCGCUCUGUCCCAUGGACCUGGGGCCCCAUGGGUGAGCCCCACAGACAGUGCCCCACAGACAGACAGCGCCUCCCCCCACACAGUCUCACCGAUAGCCCCCCCCCACAGACACAGACAGACAGCGCGCGCCCCCCACACACACUCAGACAGCAUGCCCCCACACAGGAGGCCUUGCUCUGUCCCACGGGCCUGGGGGCCCCAUGGGUGAGAGCCGUGUAACCCUGCACAGGUUAUGCACGUUAAGCCGGGCCUGGAGGGCCCACCUCUAAGGGCCUCCUUGAAUAGUUUCUAAUGAGAUGAGUUUAGUCAUUCGAAAUCUGCAGAAAGUCAUCCCCCUCAGGCGAAUCCCACUUCGCAGAAGAAUAGAAAUCCUUCAGAAGAUUUUGCACGUGCAGCAGUUCGACCUGGGCAUUAUCUGCGUUAAUAACAGAAACAUUCAACUUCUCAAUAGCACCUACAGGCAACAAAAUAUCCCCACCGAUGUGCUUUCCUUCCCUUUUCAUGAGAAUCUGAAAGCAGGUGAGCUGCCUCAGCCUAGUCUUCGAGACGAAUACAAUCUUGGUGAUGUUUUCCUAGGAGUAGAGUAUAUCUAUCAGCAGUGCCAAGAAAAUGGGGAGGAUUACUACAGCGUUCUUACAGUGACUGCAGCUCAUGGGCUGUGCCAUUUGCUGGGAUACCAGCACAACACAGAAGCGGAGUGGGAGCAGGAACACCCCUUAGACCUCCGAGGCCUACCCAGAAAAUACGACCGAAGGAACACAGAAGGGGGAAGACAAAGACUGCCCCCAGUGUGGGAGAUGGGUUGAUUUACCCCAUGCCCGUCUCGCCAAAGGGAGAAGUGCUGAGGCUGGUGAGAUGAAGG